AGCUGGCCCAUCACCCUGGCCUAUCUCUUGACACUUGCGAGGGGAGCUCUCCUCUCCCUGGCUGUUGGCCUGCAGAGAAUGAUACGCACGGCAGAUCCCUGGGGCUUGUUGGUGAGCCCCUCAGGUGUGACACAACCUGGAAAAGAAUGGAAAGAGCCACUGUCUCACCGUCUCAGUUGGGAAACACCAGCUCAGGGUCACUGAGCACCCAGGGGCAGCCCACUCAGGACCGGGCAGGUUCGGAGAGAGGACACAGCUUCUCCCUUGGAUCACUUCUGCUGUUAGGAAUAACAGGGCCUUUGUGGCUCUUGCAGGAGGACGCUCUGAACCAGGAGACUGUCCUGAGUGACCGGGGAGUUAGACACACUUGUAUUGGAUUUAACCUCAUUUUUCUCAGCAAGCUCGGCAUCUCCUUUACUUUUCUUCCUUUAAAGGCAUAGGUGGAUUGCCAAUUUUUAGUACCGGUAUUGUGAAGCGCGCAUUGUGAAACAGAUUAUAUUCUGUUCAGUUUUGCUAUGUUGAUAGAACACCCUCAGAGCGUGUGGCUUGGGGACCCAGAAAAAUCCAAAGAAAUUUAAAAAGCUACUGCCCUUAUAAUUGUCUCUGUUCUUAGAAAAAAAACAGGGAGAAGCCCAAAGCUGCAGAGGUCAGGGACCCUGCUUCUAGAAAGCGUGGACCAGUGUUCCUGGGGGGAUGUUGUGACCUCUUGACCUUUUCUGUGACUUUAGCCUCUCAGAAUCAUCCAGGCCAUGUCCCCCUCUGGCUCCCUGAUCUGUUUACUUCCUAGAAGGUUGGACCACAGGGGACCACGGGGUGCCGUUGUUCAGGCAGGCCACAGGCUAGAGAACCGAGAGAACACAGCUGUCUCACCUGCUGGGGAGGUUAAAUUCUAUGGACUUUGAAGUGUUGGAGAAAAUGUGAACCAUUUUCUGAUAAAUCAAACUCUUGCUGAUUGGGCAUUUUGUUGACCAAAUUUCAAUGGGAGGUGUUUCCUGGUUAAUAAGAAAACAUCUUCAUUUUAUAAAUAAACAGGACUGACCCCAUAGGUGAACAGCUGCUGUAAAAUGUGUUUAAACAUCAAGACGUACAAAUUUCUUGCUCCUCACUGGUCACAUUUUGAAAUGCUUUUGAGAUAGAACAUCAACAAUUAGGAAAAUGUAUUAUGUCUUUCAUCUGAGAAUAAAAUUAAUUUUACAAAUCAUAUCAUUUAACAUGAGCUUUUUAAAUGGAGCUGCAUUUACUGUGGACAUUGGCCAUCUCUUUUGGCUGUGAAAUGUGUUGUAUAUGAAAGGGAGGCAUUAGUACAUACACUUUAAUUAUGGAACGCUGGGACCAGGGCUCCCAGAGGAGGCCCCUGUGCAUUAUCCCAGCAGACACUUACACAGCCUCUGAUGAAAUGCUUCAAGGGAUGAGAAAACACGGUGUGAAGGGUAGCCCAUUUCAAUUUUCUUUUUUUUUUUUUUAAGAAAAACCUGGCUUUCUGUUAAUGCUGAGUGUCAGAUCCAGUUCUUAGUCCUAGAUCCACGCAGGCAUUGAAUCCUCUGUUUCACAUUCCAGGGUCGCCGCCCUGUGCCUCAGCGUCUUCCUCAAGCUAGUGUUUGUUCUGUUCUCUCGGCUGUGAGGUAACCUCCAGCCUCUUCCAUCUGUCCACACACCUGUUGAUGCGCCCCCGAGGGCCAGGUCUUUCCUGAAACAUGGAAAGAGCCCACUCUUCCAAUGUGGGCUGCCCGGGGAGCCCAGCACUCUGUUCCCUUCACACAGCCUGAGCCUCAGUCUCUUUCUCGCAACCUUGUGCUGUGGCACUGAUGUCCCGCUGAUAAGGAUGUUCCUCCUAAGGAAUACUGAUAUUCCUGAAGUAAAAUGCUAGGCUGCAGUUAUUGAAGGAAUCAUGAAAAUACAACCUCCCAACGAUAGGAGAGGCGGCAACAAAGACCAUUGUGAUUCCAAGACUCGGUGCCAUUGCCGUUGCCAUAGUUGCUAUCACGGAACUCUUAACAAGAAGUUUAGUGACACUGUUUUAGAAUGUUGCUGGGGGCUCAACAGAAAGUCCCCCAGUUCACACAUAUACAUUUUCUCUUAUUUUAAAAAUCAAGAUAUUUGCCCUUCUCCAGGAAUUGGGCCCCUCUUUUCAUACUGAAUAAUAAUAUUCUGCUCUCCUGUGGAAAUGCUUAAAGAAUUGAACAUAGAAUAACCAUGAGAUCCAGCAAUCCCACAUCUAGAUACCUAAGAGACUUGAAAGCAGGGUCUUGAAAAAAUAGUAUACCCUCACUCACAGUAGUGUUACAACAGCCAAAAGCUGGAAGCAACCCAGUGUCCAUUGAUGGAUGAAUGGGUAAACAAAAUGGGGAGCAUCCAUAUGGUGGAAUAGUAUUCAGCCUCCAAAAUAAGGAAAUCCUGUCACACGCAGCAACAUGGAAGAACCUCGAGGACAUUAUGCUGAGUGAAAUAAGCCAGUUCCAGAAAGAUAAGUGCAGUGGAUUUCUACUUAUAUGAGGACUAUAGAGCAGUCAAAAUCAUAGAUGCAGAAAGCAGAAUGGUGGUUGCUAGGGGCUGGGGAGGGGGGAAUGGAGAAUUGUUGCUUAAUAUUAAUACCCAACCAAGGGCAAAAAAAAAAAAUUUCUCAGAAAGCCAACUGAACUAGGAGUCGGACUUUUCCAACAGGUCUGCUGACUUUCUAAGUCUACAAAAGAUGUUGCCUUGGGGCACACAGUAGCACCCCACUCUGAGGCCAAGGCACUCCUGGGUGGGGAGAGGCUGCCUCCAUUUACCCCACUGCUUCCAAGAGCAGCCAGCGUAAUGCAGAGGGGCAGGUGUGUGGGCCAGAGCGUGAGGUCCAGGGGGCUGGCCUGAGAAGGGGAGGCUGACAGGUGUCCCUCACCCACUCAGGGAUAAGAAAGUCUAAGACCGGUGAAGAGAAGGACUUUGGUGACUCCCUCAUGCCCCGACAGCCUGUAAAAAAAAUGCCUGAGUGAAUUACUCUGGGGAGAGGUCUUUUACUUUCUGAAAAUUUUCAAAGGGUCCGUGAUACCUCCUUUUAUUUUUCAAAGGAGAAUGCUGACCAAUUCUAUAGUCUUCUGUGGCAGUAUAGGCUAAGAAGGCAGCUGUUUGAAUUAUAGCAAAAGUGUCCAUAGCUGUAAAGCAGUCCUUUUUCUCUCGGGAUAGAGAAUCAGUGCAUUAACAGGGAAGGAGGCACUGGGUGGCAAGGGCAGCAGAUCCCCUCCUCGGCUGCCCCUGGCGCAAACAGGACCCGCUGGGGAGACAAAGCCAACGUGGGCUUGGUUAUACUGCAGAUAUGUUGGAGAACAAUGGAGCAAUCUUUAUAAAAGAUUGUGAAUCUCUUUUGGAAGACGCUUUCUCAGUAGUUGACAAUAUUAGAUUUCCUAAGAACACAUGAGUAUGGCAGAUGAUGUUAUUCAAGCUAGAAUUAAGUAUAAAUAUAUUGUAUAAAGUAAGCUAAUAAGUAUUUUGUUUUUUCCCUUCUUAGUCUGUUGGGUAAACUAGAAUAUGUCAUUCCAAUGAAAGUUUUUUUUCCCCCUGAAUAAGCUAUUUAAUGAAUAAAAUCUACUGUGGAAGCUAGGUGAGCCCUAGGAGAAAGCCAAUCUGGUGUAACGGAUCAGACAGUGAUUAAAAGGGAGCUUGGAAAUGAAUUCGUUUACCUGUGUUCCUGGAUUAAUGCAAACAGCAAUCUAAUAUAUGAUCUGAAUUUAGUUGAAUCAAGAUGAUCCUAACCCCUCUUCCAAAAAGUUGUUUCUGACCAAAAACAUGAUAAUUUUUUUUUUUUCGAGACAGAGUCUUGCUCUGUUACCCAGGCUGGGGUGCAGUGGUGCAAUCUCAGCUCACUGCAAGCUCCACCUCCCUGGUUCACGCCAUUCUCCUGCCUCAGCCUCCCAAGCAGCUGGGACUACAGGUGCCCGCCACCACGCCAGGCUAAUUUUUUUUCAUAUUGUUAGUAGAGAUGGGGUUUUACCUUGUUAGCCAGGAUGGUCUCGAUCUCCUGACCUCAUGAUCUGCCCGCCUCUGCCUCCCAAAGUGCUGGGUUUCCAGGCGUGAGCCACCACACCUGGCCAAACAUGAGAAUGCUUUCAGGGUGGGCAUUCCUUUUCAGAAAACCUCAGACUAGCAGGGCAGGGAGUUGAAGUUGUAAAAUAUCACAGCCUACCUUAAAAUAAAGUUGGCUUCAGUCUGUAAUAUCACUGUGUCACUUUCCCAAGGCCUCUUCCACUAAUAAACCUUUGCCCACUUUUGUCUGUUUAGGGAUAAACCAGCGCAAUGGAUUGGGGGACCCUGCACACUUUCAUCGGAGGUGUCAACAAACACUCCACCAGCAUCGGGAAGGUGUGGAUCACAGUCAUCUUUAUUUUCCGAGUCAUGAUCCUCGUGGUGGCUGCCCAGGAAGUGUGGGGUGACGAGCAAGAGGACUUCGUCUGCAACACACUGCAACCGGGAUGCAAAAAUGUGUGCUACGACCACUUUUUCCCGGUGUCCCACAUCCGGCUGUGGGCCCUCCAGCUGAUCUUCGUCUCCACCCCAGCGCUGCUGGUGGCCAUGCAUGUGGCCUACUACAGGCACGAAACCACUCGCAAGUUCAGGCGAGGAGAGAAGAGGAAUGAUUUCAAAGACAUAGAGGACAUUAAAAAGCAGAAGGUUCGGAUAGAGGGGUCGCUGUGGUGGACGUACACCAGCAGCAUCUUUUUCCGAAUCAUCUUUGAAGCAGCCUUUAUGCCAACAGAGAAGACCGUGUUUACUAUUUUUAUGAUUUCUGCGUCUGUGAUUUGCAUGCUGCUUAACGUGGCAGAGUUGUGCUACCUGCUGCUGAAAGUGUGUUUUAGGAGAUCAAAGAGAGCACAGACGCAAAAAAAUCACCCCAAUCAUGCCCUAAAGGAGAGUAAGCAGAAUGAAAUGAAUGAGCUGAUUUCAGAUAGUGGUCAAAAUGCAAUCACGGGUUUCCCAAGCUAAACAUUUCAAGGUAAAAUGUAGCUGCGUCAUAAGGAGACUUCUGUCUUCUCCAGAAGGCAAUACCAACCUGAAAGUUCCUUCUGUAGCCUGAAGAGUUUGUAAAUGACUUUCAUAAUAAAUAGACACUUGAGUUAACUUUUUGUAGGAUACUUGCUCCAUUCAUACACAACGUAAUCAAAUAUGUGGUCCAUCUCUGAAAACAAGAGACUGCUUGACAAAGGAGCAUUGCAGUCACUUUGACAGGUUCCUUUUAAGUGGACUCUGACAAAGUGGGUACUUUCUGAAAAUUUAUACAACUGUUGUUGAUAAGGAACAUUUAUCCAGAAAUUGAUACUUUUAUUGGGAAAAGAUAUUUUUAUAGGCUUGGAUGUUUUUAGUUCUGACUUUGAAUUUAUAUAAAGUAUUUUUAUAAUGACUGGUCUUCCUUACCUGGAAAAACAUGUGAUGUUAGUUUUAGAAUUACACCACAAGUAUCUAAAUUUGGAACUUACAAAGGGUCUAUCUUGUAAAUAUUGUUUUGCAUUGUCUGUUGGCAAAUUUGUGAACUGUCAUGAUACGCUUAAGGUGGAAAGUGUUCAUUGCACAAUAUAUUUUUACUGCUUUCUGAAUGUAGACGGAACAGUGUGGAAGCAGAAGGCUUUUUUAACUCAUCCAUUUGCCAAUCAUUGCAAACAACUGAAAUGUGGAUGUGAUUGCCUCAAUAAAGCUCGUCCCCAUUGCUUAAGCCUUCA